CCGGCGCGGAGCUGUAGCUAAGCAAGCCGGGUCUGGCUUUGAGCCCUGGGCCUUCCAGCCGGGGACUCUGCGCUUGCGCCCGCCUGGCCGCCGCCCGCUCUCCCGGCGCGGCAGCUGUCUGGGCUGCUGCGCGCCGCCUAGGUGUCUGGACGAUCCAUGGGCAAGAGCAAGGGCCACGAUGACAGAUUACGGCGAGGAGCAGCGCAACGAGCUGGAGGCUUUGGAGUCCAUCUACCCUGACUCCUUCACAGGCAGAUGUCUCUCAGCUAUCCCUGUAUAGCUCCAGUCCUGUUCAUGUUCUCUCUCACCAGCAGUACAUCUGUGCUGUGAGGAUGUUAAGGGGAUGAGUGAAGAGGGGUUUGAGAGUGUCAUUAACUGGCUUGAUUGCACAUUGAUCCAACCCUCCUAACAACUAGUCUUCCAAAAUAUAAAUGGACUCUCCUGAUACCACAUUCUCCUUCAGUAGUGCUUCACUUGACAAGGUCCUGCUAAGUAUUAUCAGAAAAUCCACCCAGCUUCACCAUUACUGUGACGUCUGAGGCUGGAGAAAAUGAUGAAACUGUCCAGACUACCCUCAAGUUUACAUACAGUGAAAAAUACCCAGAUGAAGCUCCCCUUUAUGAAAUAUUCUCCCAGGAAAAUCUAGAAGAUAAUGAUGUCUCAGACAUUUUAAAAUUACUAUCAUUACAGGCUGAAGAAAAUCUUGGUAUGGUGAUGAUUUUUACUCUAGUGACAGCUGUGCAAGAAAAAUUAAAUGAAAUAGUAGAUCAGAUAAAAACUAGAAGAGAAGAAGAAAAGAAACAAAAAGAAAAAGAAGCAGAAGAAGCUGAAAAGCAAUUAUUCCAUGGUACUCCAGUUACAAUUGAGAAUUUCUUAAAUUGGAAAGCCAAGUUUGAUGCAGAACUCUUGGAAAUUAAAAAGAAAAGGAUGAAAGAAGAAGAACAAGCAGGAAAAAAUAAAUUAAGUGGGAAACAACUAUUUGAAACAGAUCAUAAUCUUGACACAUCUGAUAUCCAGUUCUUGGAGGAUGCUGGAAACAACGUGGAGGUAGAUGAGUCUUUGUUCCAAGAAAUGGAUGACUUGGAGCUGGAGGAUGAUGAAGAUGAUCCAGACUAUAAUCCUGCUGACCCAGAGAGUGACUCAGCUGACUAAUGGACUGUCCCCAUCUGCAGAGAGGCUUGACUGCCACAGCAUCUGUGGCUAUGCUCAGAGGGUUUUGAUUUUCCUUUCUUUUUUUCUAAGAAAAAAUUAUUUUCAGGAGAAUAUUCUUCUGAUAGCUUUCAUCAUUGAACUUAAUAAACUGACCUUAAAAUUUCAAAUAUAAAA